AUGGCGCCGAGGUUCCCGCCGGUCUCGGCCUACGACGCGUCGCUGCGGACGCGGCGUACGGCCGCCGCGGACCUCGACGGCACGCUGCUCGCCUCCUCGUCGGCGUUCCCAUACUACUUCCUCAUCGCGCUGGAGGCCGGGAGCUACCUCCGCGCGCUAGCGCUCCUGCUCGUCUCGCCGCUCCUCCUGGUCCUCUACGUCGGCGUCUCCGAGGCCGCCGCCAUCGCGCUCCUCGUCUUCGUCUCCUUCGCGGGCCUCCGCGCGCGGGACGUCGAGGCCGUGGCGCGCGGCGUGCUCCCGCGGCACUACGCCGCCGGGGUGCGCGCCGACACGUGGGAGGUGUUCCGCGGCGCGGGCGCCGAGCGGCGGGUCGUGGUCACCGCGUCCCCGGCCGUCAUGGUGGGCGAGUUCGUGCGGGAGUUCCUCGGCGCCGAGGUGGCCGGGACGGAGCUCGAGACCUUCGCCGAAGGGAGGCGGUUCACGGGGCGGAUCAAGGCCGUGCUCGUCGGCAAGAGGAAGAGGGAGGUGGUGGAGAAGCUGUUUGCUGGCGGGGAUAUGCCGGACGUCGGGCUCGGCGACCGCGAGAGCGACCACGACUUCAUGGCCGUAUGCAAGGAAGCUUACAUGGUGCCCACCGACAAGCGCGCGCCGCGGGCGUCCCCGGACUCGCUGCUGUCCCGCACCAUCUUCCACGACGGCCGCCUCGUACGCCGCCCUGACCCGCCGCAAGCGUUCUUCGCGCUAGCCUAUCUCCCGUUGGGCUUCGUCGUCGCGCUCCUCCGCGUCUUCCUCAACCUCCCCAUCCCGCCCCACCUUGUCCACCACACCUACGCGCUCAUGGGCAUCCGCCUGGCCGUCCGCGGCACGCCUCCCCCGGCGCCGUGCCCGGGAACGCCAGGCUCCCUCCUCGUCUGCAACCACCGCACCGCGCUGGACCCCAUCAUCCUCAACAUCGCGCUCGGCCGCCCCGUCACGUGCGUCACCUACAGCGUCAGCAAGCUGUCCACGGCAAUCUCGCCCAUCCCGGCGGUGGCGCUGACGCGGGACCGGGCCACGGACGCGGCGCGCAUCGCGGCGCUGCUCGACUCCGGGCGCGACGUUGUGGUGUGCCCAGAGGGGACGACGUGCCGGGAGCCCUUCCUACUGCGGUUCUCGGCGCUGUUCGCCGAGCUCACGGACAGGAUCGUGCCGGUGGCGCUGGAGGCGCAGCAGGGGACCUACUACGGGUCGACGGCGAGGGGCUGGAAGUUCCUGGACCCUUACUUCUUCUACAUGAACCCGCGGCCGGGGUACGAGGUGACGUUCCUGCCGGCGCUGCGGCCGGAGGAGACGUGCGGGGCCGGCGGGAGGAGCGCCGUGGACGUGGCCAACCAUGUGCAGCGGGUCAUCGCCAAGCAGCUCGGGUACGAGUGCACCACGCUCACGAGGAAGGACAAGUAUAUGAAGCUCGCCGGCAACGACGGCAGGGUCGCUCCGGUCGCUGGGCCGGGGUCCAACGCCAAAAAGCUCCCGUGA